AUGAACCCUGAAGCAGAGUUCCAUCCUAGGAAAGGCCAGUCUGGUUCUACAGCUGGUGCCAGUUCUAAUCCUAGCUCUAAUCCUAGCUCUGGCGCUGCUUCUGGGCCUACUCCUGACUCUAGCGCUGGCCCUGUUCCCAGCCAUGGCUCUGGUUCUACUGCCGAUGCUAGUGGGCAUGGCCUAGAUAAUACUGGGCCUCGCCUAUAUUCUGACGCUAUUCGCGGCCAUGACUCUGGCAAUGUGCCUCAUCACACCGCUAAUGGCACUGCUGAUACUACUCCUGACCUUGGCUCUAACGCCAUUCAUGAUCCUAUGGGCAAUCAUCAGUAUAGUCACGUACCUGAUUCUACUGCCGGUUGUACUGCUGGGUCUAGUCUUGAUUCUACUACUGGGCCUACUCCUGACUCUACGUCCGAUCCUAAUGCUAACUAUCCUUCUGGUACUGGGUCUACUCAAGACCCUGCGUCUGGUUAUACUCCCAACCCUCCUGCCAAUCCUCCCGCCGGUCCUGAAUACGACACCAGUGCUGCUCCUGGGCAUUACUAUACUCCUGACCCUGCUACGGGUGCUCCCACCGGUCCUGAGUAUAGCCUUAUUCCUGGUCCUACUGCCGAUUCUACUGCUUGUCCAACAACUACCGGUCCUGUAUACGACCCCAGUUCUGGCCCUGCUCCUGGGUUUUACUUUCCUCACGACCCUGGAUUCGACCCGAGGUAUGCGCAGGCGUAUCCGAUGACCUAUAAUCAACAUCCUCAGCCAAUGUACCCUCCUUCGCCCAUGGCUUAUUACAAUCCUUAUCCUGCAUACCCUACCUACCCUCCUUAUCCUACUUAUCCUCCCAAUCCUCCUCCCAAUCCUAUGCCUCAAUACGCAUAUGCAGCAGCACCUACUUAUACACCGUCUCCCCCAGUAUACGCCGCACCGGCACCACCGCCUCUAUCACCAGCAGCAGCGCCACAUUACAGGGCCCAUGUGCAUACCCGUAAACAGCCUGGUACGCAAAAACACUCGCCGCCCGUAAGCACCACCACGCGGGGGGAAGUGGGAGACCCGGAGGCCAAGAUUUUUGUUGGAGAUUUACCAAUAGGAGGCACCACGUCAUAUCUAGAGUCCUGUCUCAGGGGCCUGUUCUUGCCCUUUGGACCAUGCUGGGUCAAUGUUUCCUGGGGGGAAACGACGGCGAAGAAGGGGAAUAAUGUCGUCAGAAAUGGAGUGAAUCAAAAGGAAGAAAGGACGAAAAAACUUCCUACCGGAUGGGUUCAGUUCAUGGAAGUCACCGACGCUGAAACAGUGCUUGCAACAGCCAAGGAAAGAGGAAUAUACGUGGGAACCCGCCGGCUGCGGAUUGAGCGUGCGGAUGGUAAACGAAUUAUCCGCUUCUGGCCAAAGAACACCUCUUCCACUGUGACUGUCAAGGAUCUGCACCAUGAAUUCCACAGGUACAUGAAAUGGCUCACCUCGAACGGAGAUCGUGGAUUGCUCUUCCACAUCUCGGAUUGUGGAGAGUUUAUCAGAAAAUUCAACCGGGUCGUGCUAUCUGUUGGUGUCAUGUUUCGAUGGUGCGAAGACGCGCAGUAUGCUGCCGAGAGAUUCCGGUUCUUCCCAUCAAACUUCCAAAUGCGAAUCGAGCCCGUGAGAACCAUAGCCGGCCUCCCAUCCUGGCGUACCUCCAAACUAGACUGGGCAGCUCGACUCGACAAACUAGAACUCGACCCAGGCCAAGAAUGGCGCAACAACAUGCGCAGCAUGUAUCCGGAAACUAUCGAUGAUAUCGAAGCCGAGUUGGAGGAAGAACAGAACACUUUUGACGAGAGCAGCAAGCCGUUACGGUUGUCUGACGAUCGUCCGAGAGCGCCAAAGACUAACAGUUCUUCGUCUGGGAAAACAUCACCCUCGACAUUGGAAGAUAUCGAGUACGAGCGCAAGAAAAAGGCGCGCAAGGCGAAGCAUUGGUCGAAUGUUGUGCUUCGCAAGGAGUUUCCAAAUGCUCUUCCGAGUGCAGAAGAAGCAGCAUCGUCGUCUUCCAUCCAUGAUGAGUAUUGCACCGAGGGUCUGAAUAUGGCUCUUCAUGCUGUGGAGGAAGAAGAAGAAGAAGAAGAAGAAGAAGAAGAGGACCACAAUUCUGAAGACACUGAGAACAACUUCCAUCUAGAUCCAGCCGUCGAGGAUGAAGAAGAGGUAUGGACAGACGACAGCGAUACGGUGGUCGCUCCUAGCGAUUCAGGAGUCUCUGGAGCUAGGGAAGAAACCAGAGAGGAAAUUAACAAGGAGAAUGUGGCCGAACACUAA